AUGGGUGCUCUUUUCCACCCCCCAACUGUAGGAUCUGGCUUUCCAGAACCCCGGGGGGUCCCCCCCACAGCCCCCCUGCGCUGCCCCCGCUGCCUCCUCGGGGCCCUCACGACUGCCCUGGCGCUGUCCCUGGUGCUGUGUGAGGCCGAGGGGUGCAGGCUCUGCCCCGUGGGCUGGAUGCUGGGCAGGACCAAGUGUUACUGGGUCUCGGAAAGGAUGAACUCGUGGCACGGGAGCCGGGAGGACUGCGGGGACCGCGGGGCCGCGAUGGCGAUGCCGUGGGACAAGGACGAGCUGGAUUCCCUCAAUGAGACCCUGAGGAAACCCACGCGCCACUUCUGGAUCGGGCUCUCGGUGCCCGCGCCCGGGAUGGGCUGGACGUGGGUGAACGGCUCCCGCCCGGACUGGAGCCGGUUCCCGCAGGACCUCGGGGAGGGUCCCGGAGCCUGCGGGGCGCUCAAGGGGGACAGGAUCGACCCCCGCGCCUGCGACACGGGGCUGCAGUGGAUCUGCCAGACGGAGUCCGCCCGGAUCUGAGCCUCCACCGCACCCAAAACCCACUGUUAACGCGGGAGAAAAUCCCGAUUCCCGCGGGUUCGGCACCCACGGGACAGCUUCCGGGACAGGGGCAGGACCGCGGCCGGGGAAAGUCGCCCUGGGUGGGCGAGGCGAGGGCGGGGGGGGGAGGCGGA